AUGUCGUCAACUCCCGUGAAGAAACCGGAAAAUAAAGUGGAAGUGUUUAGCACGCCAAUCAGGGAACGCCAGCAACAGAAAAGAAAAUGGCGGAAGAAUUUCAAGCAACUGUUCUACAACGCGGAGCCGUCAAGGUUGAAGACGAUUGACGCUGCCUACGACGAAUUCAACCAGUUCCAGAACAAAAUUUACGCAAUUUCGCCUGUUCAUGCUACGGAGCAGGAAGAUAAAUACGUUGAAUCUGAGGAACUCUACAACAAUGUUCGAAUCAGGGUGUACAGGCUGCCGGAAGGAGCAAGACAAGAAGAAAAUCAUCAACUUCAAAUGGUCGUCCAAACAGCUCCGGUGCAGUCCCAACCAGUUCAAUUACAAUCUGCUCCUUUACAUACUCCACUACCCACGUUUGAUGGAAAACCAGUAAACUGGUUCAAAUUCAUGACUUUCUUGAGCAAGCACGGUGGCGAAUCGGAUGCGACGAAGCUUUACCACCUCGACAAAUGUUUGGUGGGCGAAGCUUCCGGAACAAUCGAUCAACAGACAAUCAACGACGGCAUUUUUGCAGCUGCCAUGGAACAUCUAACGGCACGCUUCGAAGAUAAAAGGAAGAUUGUCGACAUGCACGUCAGCUGCAUUCUUGGCCUCAAAUCGAUGAUAUUCGAAAGUGGCAAACAGCUACGGGAACUAGUUCACACUUGCAAGCCAGUGGAUGCAUUCGAAUUCUACGAGUUUGAAAUGGACGGACUAUCGGAUGUAAUCGUCGUCGGUAUCCUGGCGUCAAAGGCCGACUUAGAGACGAGAAAAUUAUGGGAAAGCAGCAUAGAUCAUGGCGACAUGCCUCAGUAUGCAGAUACAAUCAAGUUCCUCACAUCUCGGAGUCAAGUGCUGGAAAGAAUCGAGCGAACAAGCAAGCCCAAAAAGUUCAGCAGCAUCGCAACCACGAAAAUUCCUCCGCUGAAAGCAGCAUCUCUGGCAACAUCCAUCGAGUAUCGGUGUAAUUUCUGUGAAAAAUCCCAUCCUAACCAUCAGUGUGGGGAUUUUCUCAAACUUAAUCCGAAAGAACGCUACGAGAAGGCAAAGCAACACGGAGUUUGCUACAACUGUUUGCGGAAGGGGCAUGUCACUGCACAUUGCUCCUCUACCAUGUCCUGCAAGGUUUGUAAGAAGCGACACCACUCUACUCUACAUGUGAACUCUACGUCUAUGGUUGUCGCUGCCGAACAGACUGCUACUACGGUGCCAUCGGCACAAUCGAAGGAAGGCUCUAUGACGCCUAUUACUACGAACGCUAUCAGUGCUUCUUGCACAAUUCACCAGCAACAGGCGCUGCUUUGCACCGCGGUUGUGAAUGUAUAUGAUGAUAGCGGAAGAGCUCAGCCGUGCCGCGUUCUGCUAGAUUGUGGCUCGCAAGUAAACCUGCUAACGGAAAAACUCGCUUCUCUACUACGAUUGAAGCGUCAAAAUGUCAACGUUGAAAUGACAGGUGUGGAUGGUACAGCGAGUCGGGUCACGACCUUGGUACACGUCAACGUGCAAGCACGUAACUACAACUACACAAGUAUCAUUGAGUGUCUGGUGAUCAACAAAAUCACUGGGAUAAUACCAGCAAAGUACAUCGAUAUUACCACAUGGCCAAUACCAUCCGAAAUGAUUUUUGCUGAUCCGGACUUCCACCGUCCUCAGCGGGUGGACAUGCUGAUUGGUGUUGGCCAUUUCUUUGGUCUCCUGAAAUCGGGUAGAGUCAAACUAGCCGAGAAUUUGCCGUUUGUGCAGGAGACAGUGUUUGGUUGGGUGGUUGGUGGUCUAGCCGACACUACUAGCAGGAGGUACGAUGUGAACCGCUGCAACGUUGUGGUACGGGAAGCGGAUUUAAACGAUCUCGUCGAACGUUUUUGGGAAUCCGAGGCGAUAUCAACCGCUUCAAGUUUGUCAUUUGAGGAGACGACGUGUGAAAAAUUCUAUCAGCAAACCUACAGUCACAACGCAAGUGGUCGUUACACAGUGAAGCUUUCUUUCCGUGGCAAUGUGAGUCAACUUGGCGACUCGAAGCAGCACGCUCUACUCCGUUUCUCUUCCCUUGAGAAAAAUAAUUGCUAA